AUGAAGGCGCGAAACUUUGGCAUUGACACUACUCUAUUAAGGAGAAUUUUUGCCACAAGGAGCAAAAAAGAAAAUGCGGUUCACCAGGACUAUAUAGGAAGUCCCGACUUGAUAUCAAAUCUUCGCCCUGUAAAAUAUUACGCAAGGCCGAGCGAAACAGCAGAGGAACGUACAUGGCGACUACAUAGAGAGCGGGUAGACAAGUUCAAUCAAGAUUUUUGGGAAACUAACAAUAAAUUAUUCAAGAGUACAAAGAUGGCUUUUGAGAAUGCAGUCUUGGCUCGAAACGGUAAAAAGCCCAGUAGUUCCGAAAUGUCUGCGUUUUAUGGAGAAUUUCUGGACAAGGCAUAUGAUCGUCAUAGGGCUUAUAAUAAGCAAUGGUGGAAGGAAAAUGCUGGGAUGCUGCUUCCCGCUCUUAAAGCUGCCAUUCGAAAUUUACAAAGAUCACGUUAA